CACAAGUAUUAAAAGCAUGGCAUUGUAAUACAAAUGUUUUUCGUUUACUGACUCCUACAUACAUUUUUCCACCAAAGAAAAUAAAAAGGGUCGUUGACAGUUGGUGCGUCAUUGAGAUUUAAAUGUGGUUAUGAAAACACGUGGGAUUCUCACUUCUUUAUAAAGUGGUGGCACCGAGCCUGAUCUUUUUUUGUCUCAGUCUCUGUUGUGGCACACGGGACAGACUCAGUGGCUCUUAUUGGCACUGAAGAAUUGAACAUGGUUAUUUUCAAACAGCUUAUUUUCACUUUAAUUUUUUAUGAAUUUGCGGUGGAUUUGAAUGCUGCGACUUGCCCAAAAGGUCAAAGGAUAUUGAAAACGACUGGUUGUGAAACCUGCCCCAGUGACGGUUUCCAGGACGAGGAGAAUGAAACCCAAGUCUGCAAAGCAUGCACAAAGUGUGACAGCAAAACGGGAAGUGUUGUUAAAAAAGCGUGCACAAAAGAGACAAACACAAUUUGUCAGUGCCUUGAAGGAUUUGUUUCCUGGGAGGAUGAUUCUUCCUCUUGCAAAUGUGGAAUUGGAUUUGGGAUACAAGGUCCUAAAUGUUCAAAAUGUGAAGAUGGAUAUUUCACAACAGACAUCAACUUGCAGUGCAAAAAGUGGAAAGAAUGCAAAUGUGGGGUGAAAACAAAUGGAACAACGUCCUCAGACGUCAUCUGUAACGCAGAGUUUCAAGGGUGUAUUGCCAAAAACACACCACGUACCAACUAUCUCACUACACCCCCCGGAUCAAAGAAAACGGUCUCUCUAAUCACACGCCUAACAUCCCCCCAUCCGCGUAAGACGGCUCAUACUCAGAGGAUACCUACGGGCACCACCACCACCACGCCCAGUCGCACAGUCACCCACAUCGGAACAGGGUUGGCCCUCGUCACACUUGGAAUUUUUGGACUGCUUACACUGAUCGCCGUGACCUACAAGCUGCGCUUCACUCAUCCACCCGCUGCGCCAAAAAAUGACUCGCUGUGUCGGAGGCCAGUGGAGGAAAGUGGCGAGAGCAGUCUGUGCUCCGUCAAACUGAAUCCAGAGGAGCACUGAGGUGUCAAAUCAACCUGCCAGCGAAGACUAAUCGGCACACAAAUUAUAUCAGAACGACCACGUAACCUUUGGCUGAAUUGUCGGUUUUACAUUAGAAGAUAGCCACAUCAUACUUACUCUCUGUAUUACUGUCUGAAUUUUGGCAGGUGUAUGAAUGGUCAAUAUUUGACUUUAGUUUGUUCAGUUAUCAUAGAAUAUCAUGUAAAGUAUAUUAACGAGACAACCUUACAGAUUUAUUUUUACAAGAACAACAGAAAUCAUGCUACUAAAACAGUGUAUAUACUAACAAACCGCACUAAAAUGCACAUUUGAUGUACAUCAAUUCUGAUGCUUUUUCAUGUUUCAUCACGUGUAUAUUUAUAUAUAUUGUGAUCUGGUUUAAUGGGGCAAGUGAUAAGUCUAAGAAGUACAUAUAAUAAUAAUAUAACAGUCUGAACAGUGUUGUAGUAAGGGUCGUAGCAAUCAAUAACUAUGAUAAUGGAGAGCCUGAGAUGAAUAUGUUUUACUGUUUUUACACAUUCUGUUUCCAUUUUGGCCGUGUUUUGAUGAUCUCGUUCUGUUCCACCAGUGGCGGAUCUUCAAAGCUGAAGAUGUGCGGGUUUGGGGGAGAUCCCGUCGUGCCUUUUUUUCCCCCAUUGACGCACACGCGCUCUUAUGCUUUCAUUGCAGCCAUUGGAAAUAUGUUAUUUAUACCUCCAAACCUCAUCGUUUCUAUUCACUAAAGUUUGGCUGAGAAAUCAGAUCAACAAGCUUUCAAAUCCCAGGUGUGUGUAUCUGACGGGUUUCGUCUGACUAAAUCAGUGGGGAAACCUGUUGUGGUUUCAGCUGACUGACUCCUCUCACGGUGUUCUCUGUUGGAAUAAACAUUUCUGUUGUGAGUAAAGUGUCCAGAUCAU